AUGCUAGACGAUGAUAAGGGCACGAUCAUGCAUCCACAUAUAACGCCGUUCACACCUGAGUACUCAAAUGAACUACUGCGAAGGGUCCAGGACCUGUACCACGAAGAUAUCAAGCACUACUAUCCGCAGUUGAAACUGGAGAAGCUGCUGGACCUUCUGGAACAUACAGAGUACCUGUUUGAGUUAUACCUGGACUCCAUGCGCCACGAUAGAUCUAAUGAUGCGCUGACAGCGUUUAUCAUUGGGUGCUACUACGUGUUCCUGAUCAUUCCACAAUCUUUGCAGUUCCAAACACGAAACAAGUCCUACAGCAUCUAUACAGAUCUAAAAAAGAUGUAUGAGAAUGAAAUGAAUAUGACCAACGUUGUGCUCAUGGUUAAGAAGGAAAUCGGUGUAGUCCUAGAUGAGUCGGUUAAGCACGUGGUCGGUAUUGAGCAUAGAAUCACCAAGAAGAGGGCAUUUUCUGUGCCAGCUAACGAUCUUUCAGGUCAGAUGGCUUCACUAUCACUGGAGACCGCGGUAUCGCAGGAGCAUGGACUUAAAGGCACAUCUACUGAAGAUGACGCAGACCAAUCUUCACCUGUUUGGACAGCACCAAACUUGGAGCCUAAUGACCAAUUGAAACUGGCUCUGUUGCCCGAAGUGAUAGCAACACCAACUUUCCGUGAAUCUGAAAGAAAGCCAAGUAACCCAGUGAGACCAUCUGUUUUACUGGAAGAUGUACCCUGCAUAUACCACGAGAAUAACACUAGUUCUGCAUCUUUUAACCCACCGUUUCGAGAAAUCACCGCAGAUAGAUCAGUAACUCAUCGGAAGGAUUCUUAUCAUUCCGUUUAUAUGGUGGAUAGUGACGCUCUCAAAGAAGAUAAUGACGAUCUUUUCAAUGUUGAGAAUGAUGGAUUCAUCCAGAGUUUAGAUAUUUUACAAAAGCAAAGUAUAAUUACAGCACCUGAAUUGUUUAGUAUAUUAUCGAAUCGCGUUGAACGUGAAAAGGUUUUACUCAUUGAUCUAAGAAUACCACAAAGGUCUGCGAUAAAUCACAUCGUGGCACCUAACUUGGUUAAAGUUGAUCCGAACUUAUUGUGGGACAAGAAGACAAACACACCCAUCUAUAAAGACGACAUAUUGGAACAUUUACUAAAUGAAAACGAGAACUUUAUAAACCGUGAUAAAUUUGACUACAUUGUUUACUAUACCGAUGUGAAGACUUUCAUGACUAUAAACUUCGAUUAUGCAUUUAUUUUCUUCUAUUUAAUGCUGACUUCCCAAAAGACUCCUUUAACCACUGUGCCUACUACUCUCUUGGGUGGAUAUGAAAAAUGGAAGAAAACCCUACACUCGUAUGCCCAGGAGUAUCACAUCUCUAUCGAAGAUUACUUAUAUAGACCUUACUCCCAAAAGGCGCGCUCACAGCAACAGCAACAUCCCGAUUCUCAGGAUUCCUCUUCCACUAAAGAAUCGUCCACAAAAGUUCCUGAGCCUCCCUCCUGGAAGCCCCCUGACCUGCCUAUACGCUUGAGAAAACGUCCUCCACCACCACCACCUGUAUCGAUGCCCACAACUCCGGAAAUUCCACCUCCUAUACCGCCUAAGAUAAUGGUUUGUCCACAAGACAGUUCUACCUCUCGAAAACCACCAAUACCAGCAAAGCAGCAUGUUAAAAAGGAGCAACCUAACUCUAAUGAAAUCAUCCAAAGGAAAAAAAAACACCAGUAUCAACACUACGAUCAACGAUUACUACAAUUACAACCGCAGAGGGCUUACAAUAUCCCAACUAUUGAACGAAGUCCAAACGUGUAUGUUUCUUUGUCCAUUACGGGACUAAGAAACUUGGGCAACACGUGUUACAUUAAUAGCAUGAUACAGUGCUUAUUUGCUGCGAAGACAUUUCGAACACUUUUCAUUUCGUCCAACUAUAAGAACUACCUUCAACCAAUGAGGAACAACAGAUCUCAUUAUUCUCCCAAACUUUCUAAUUCACUAAGUAUGCUUUUCAACAAGAUGUAUUUGAAUGGUGGCUGCUCAGUUGUCCCAACAGGAUUUCUCAAAGUUAUCAAUCAAUUGCGUCCGGAUUUGAAAAUUCCUGAUGACCAACAGGAUACUCAGGAGUUCUUAAUGAUACUCUUAGAUAGAUUACACGAUGAACUUUCCGACCAACAGCAUGUAGCGAACGAUUAUCCGAAUUUAUUAUUGUAUAAUGCAGAUGCCCUAAAGGUUUCAAAUAAUGAAUAUAAGCAUUGGUUUGACAAAAACGUAAUUGGUAAUGGUAUAUCUCCUAUUGAUGAUAUUUUUCAAGGGCAAAUGGAGAACAGCCUCCAAUGUAAAAGGUGUGGUUACACGACUUUUAACUAUAGCACAUUUUAUGUUUUAUCACUGGCUAUACCAAGACGUUCUAUGAAGCUAAGUAAACUUGGUAGGUCUACCGAGAAAAGAGUAAAAUUAGAGGAUUGUAUCAAUAUGUUUACAAGCGAUGAAGUACUCUCUGGUGAAAAUGCAUGGGAUUGCCCACGCUGUGGUCCUACGGCGUCUGUAUCUACAUCUACAUCUGCAUUAGAGAAUGAACCAUCCAUCGUUAAGAGUAAAAAGAAAAAAAGUCGAUUUUUCACAUUACAUACAGGAACCAAGCGCCGUCAUCUUGACUUUUUUGGAGACAGUAUUAACGAAGGCAAUAAUAAUAAUAAUAAUACGACGACCUCUGAACGAGAAAGAUCCAGAUCACCUUUCAGGAUGUUGGGCGGUAGUGGGAAAAGGUCUAGUUCUAGUACACCGUUCGGUAAUGGUGGCAAUGACAGUAAUAAUACGAGCGAUUUUAAAAACAAAAAAUUGACUACAGUGAAAACGAUAAAUUUUGUAACUUUACCAAAAAUCUUAGUCAUCCAUCUCUCUAGAUUUUAUUACGAUUUGACCAAGAAAAACAACACCGUUAUAACAUAUCCCUUAAUACUAAACAUAAUAUUGAAAAACAACGAAACUCUGAAAUAUAGGCUAUUUGGAGUGGUCAACCAUACAGGCACAUUAAUCAGUGGUCAUUAUACAUCACUAGUAAAUAAAGACCUUGAACACAGUGUGGAUAUUGGGCGUUCCAAAUGGUAUUAUUUUGAUGAUGAAAUUGUCAAGGCAGAUAAGAAACAUGGAUCUGAUAAAAACUUGAAAAUUUCAAGCAGCGAUGUUUACGUGUUGUUCUAUGAAAGAGUUUAUGACUAA